CGGAACUUCUGAGCGGAAAUAAGAACGAAAAUCCAGAUGGCAUUAGAUGUAAACUCCAAGACCCUGAAACGGGAUAGAGAGGCAUUUGCGAAGGGACUCGAUACUUACCUUACAGAGGAAGAGGUCCUGACGGAUGAUGGAUCGAAAAUACCACCGAAGAGAACAAGAGGGAAGCGAAAAGCGAAGAAUUACGCAGCACCGGACGACUGGGAAGAAGAAGCACGAGUCAUGUCAAGAGCAGACUACGAGAAGAGCCUGAGAAGGACGACCAGCACGCCAAUGAAGAACCGAUCCGCAGGGAAAGAGAACCCAGCAUCGUGCAAUAAGGGGAACAUGGUGACUAAUAUCCUAGAUACUAGGUCCAAGCUGAUGGUGAAGGAAUGGCCAGAAGUGAAAAAACUUUGCGAGCAUGGACUGGAUAAACUGUUCCCCUGGAGCAUAGCUUAUGAUGAAGUCAGUAGCACGGAAGCGGAGACUCUGAAGGUGAUUAAGAAGGACUUUGUAGAUCUUGGCCUGCACAAGCUAGUUAACUGGAACUCGAAGGGGAGGAUUGGUCAAUCGUACGUUCUGCCCAAGCACAAAGAUUUCGAAAGAUGGAGGCCCAUUGCUCCAGCAUGCAGCGAACUUACUAUGACAUGCAGCAGAAGGAUUGCUAGAGCACUCAAUUUUCUGCUGGAGAAGCUCCCUGGAGCGGAGCAUUUCAAUCUCACUGCGACAGCCUUGCUUAAGCAGAAUCUGAAGAAAGCAGAAAAGAAGCUUCAGCGGUAUGGCAAGGACACGAUGACUAUCUGCGGGGGGGUUGACAUUAAGGAAAUGUUCACAUCCCUCCCGCACUCAGCCGUCAUGGAGGCACUCUCAUGGCUACUGGGAGAAUGGGAGAAGAAAGGAUACCAGAAGAUCACAGUUUGCAAGAGAAGAAAGCAAGUCACGCUUGGGUUGAAAACGUUCGGGAAAGGCCAUGUCAAGUUGUCCUUCAGUUACAUCCGAAGUUUUGGAUCCUUCGAGCUGCAGCACACCUACACUACGUGUAGAGGAAAGUUGUUGAGGCAGGUCAUAGGAGUGCCAAUGGGGAAGAACUUCAGUCCCCCGCUGGCUUGCCUACUUUGUGCAAGGUAUGAAGACGGGUUUCUAAGAUCACUGGGCAGCGAUCAGAAACUCGUCCAUGGGGUGAGAUUCAUGGAUGAUGCGAUGCUGGCAGUUGUCUGCAAUCGAAGAAAGGAAGAGUCCAUCACCAGGGCGGUGGAGAUAAUAACGAAGUUUGGGAGUUGCUAUGGUGAUAAGCUACCUCUGGUCCGCACGGAUGACGGAUCUAACACCAUCGAGUUUGUUGGAUCGAAGCUCACAUCAGUACCUGGGAAGACCUUGCUCCUGCUUGAACCAAACACCAAGAACGUCUUGAGUGUUCAGAUGGGGGAAGUGCAGCAGCGUCUCGUCCACCGCUGCUUUCAGGAUUUUAGCUCUUACUCGGACAAGCGAGCGAAACUGGGAGUGAUAAUCGGUUGUUUGCACCACAUUCAGCAGAUGGUAAACAGCGAGAGUGCCCUGCUCCUACCAGUUUUGGCUCUGAAAUACGAGCUCCUACGCCGGGGUUACCCCCCGGUGUUCUUCUUCAGCGCCCUAGCACGCUUUGCUAAGGGCACCAGCGUUCUCAGGGAGCCUUGGCUAAGGCUGCUUGAGAACCUGGAAUGCGACAGAAGAGACAAAAAGAUUGAAGAAGCGGAACUGCGAACGGUAGCGGCGGUGACAAGGGACCUACGAAGCUUCAAGGCGGAGAUAAGAACCGAAAUCCAAGUAGCGCUGGCGACUAGUUCCAAAAUGCCAAAACGGGAUAGAGAAGCAUUAACUUGCGGGUUGGAUGCUUACCUGAUGGAGGAGGAAGCACUAAAGGAUGAUGGAUUGAAGGUACCAUCAAAGAGAGCAAGGUGGAAGCGAACAACGAAGACCUACGCGGCACUGGACGACUGGGAGGAGGAAGCGAGAGUCAUGUCAAGAGCGGACUACGAGAAGAACUUGAGGAGGAAGACCAGCACGCCGCUGAAGAACGGCUCUGCUGCAAAGGAGAUACCUGUGUCCAACAACAAGGGAAAUAUAGUGCAUAACAUUUUGGAUACUAGAUCGAAGUUGAUGGCCAAAGAAUGGCGAGAAAUCAAGAGGUUAUGUAAAGCAAGGGACAUCACCUAUAUCUCGAAGGAGCAAGGUGUACGCGAGAAAGCGUAUGUUGGUAGGUCCAUUAGAGGGGCAGCGGAGAGAUGGUGGGAGCACGUUAGAUGGGCGGAAUCAGAAAACGCGAGAGACCGUGGGAAAGGAUAUCUGCGGCAACUUUUGGAAAUGCCGUUCAAACGAAAGGAGUUGUCCCUUAUGACUGUGGACAAGCUUAUGCACCUCUACCACUGCGCUGGCUCCUUCAAGGAGAAGGGAAAGAGAAGAUUGAUCAAGGACUUCUUGGGGAAAGCGCAUGGCUUGGACAAGAUGUUUACCUGGAGGAUAGCAUACGACGAAGUUAGCAGCAGCGAAGCAGAAACAUUAAAGGAGAUGAAGCGGGAAUUCGACGAUCGUGGCUUGCACAGGUUGGUAAAUUGGAACGCAAAGGGGAAACUGGGUAACGCCUACGUUCUUCCUAAACACAAGGACCUCGAGCGUUGGCGACUCAUUGCGCCUGCCUGCAGCGAACCCACGAUGACCGGAAGUCGGUGGAUUGCGAGAGCGAUCAAUUAUCUCCUGGAAAAGUUGCCUGGAGCUAGGCACUUCAACCUUACCGCAACGGCCUUGCUCAAAGAAAAUGUGGGAAAAGCAGAGAAGAAACUGCGGCUACGGAGCGAGGAUACGAUGGCGCUGUGCGGAGGGUUUGAUAUCAAAGAGAUGUUCACUUCGCUUCCACAUGCUGCUAUCAUGGAGGCGUUGUCCUGGUUGCUGGGAGAGUGGGAGAAGAAAGGCUGCUGGAAAAUCACAGUGUGUAAAAGGAGAAGGCAAGUCUCCCUUGGCACGAAGCUGUUUAGCAAAGGGAAGGAGGGAUCAGUCGAGAAGGCCCUGGAGAUCUUGGAGAAAUUCACGACUAGCUACGGAGAUAAGCUCUCACUGGUCCGAACAUACGAUGGCUCUAACACCAUCGAGUUCAUUGGAUCAAGAGUUACGACUGCUUCAGAUUACAAAAUGCAGAAGGAAAUGGAGAAAGAGGAGAACAAGAAGGCGGAGGAGGAGAGAAGAAGGAUAGAAGCUGAACGCAGAAAGCAACAAAUGGAAGAGGAGAGGCCGGAUGAGAAGAUUCGAAGGAUGAUGCUGGAGGAGUGCGACCGGAGAGAUGGGAAAAUUGAGGAGGCGGAGCUGAGAACGAUUGCUGCAAUGGCGUUAGCUGUAAACUCCAAGACCCCGAAACGGGAUAGAGAGGCGUUUGUGAACAGACUCGAUACUUACCUUACGAAAGAAGAGGUCUUGACGGAUGAUGGAUCGAAAAUACCACCGAAGAGAGCGAGAGGGAAGCGAAUAGCGAAGAAUUACGCAGCACUGAACGACUGGGAAGAAGAAGCACGAGUCAUGUCAAGAGUGGACUAUGAGAAGAGCCUGAGGCGGAAGACCAGCACACGAAUGAAGAACUGCUCCGCAGGGAAAGAGAACCCAACAUCGUGCAGUAAAGGGAAUAUGGUGAGUAACAUCCUAGAUACUAGGUCCAAGCUGAUGGCAAAGGAAUGGCGAGAAGUGAAGAAGUUUUGCGAGGUGAGAGAUAUUAGCUAUAUCUCUAAAGAGCAAGGUGUACGUGAGCUGCUCAACAGAGCAGCAUGGGGCGAAGAUGUCGAGCUAUUGGACGAGGAUUGGGAAUGUGAAGACAUUCUGGACCAAUGACGGUUUGCGCCCACAACAAAGCUCAUUUGGGCUU